AUGUUUUAUAGAGGUGAAGUAGAAAGACUGAUGAAGCUUCAGAAAGGGCUGCUGCUGAACCUGUGGGGCCCAGACAAGUCCAUCAGUUAUGGCGGCUGUGUGACCCAGUUCUACAUAUUUCAUUUCCUGGGGGCCACGGAGUGCAUACUCCUGGCUGUGAUGUCCCUGGAUCGUUACAUUGCCAUCUGCAAGCCCCUGAGGUACCCUGCUACCAUGCACCAGCACCUCUGCAUUCUCCUAGUGGCCAUGGCAUGGCUCAGUGGUUUGGCAAACUCCUUGCUGCAGUCAUCCCUCACUGUCCAGCUGCCACUCUGUGGUAAAAACAAGGUGGACAACUUCCUUUGUGAGGUCCCUGUGAUGAUCAAGAUGUCCUGUGCAGACACUACGUUCAAUGUGGCUAUGCUCUCCAUCGUUGGGACAUUCUAUUCCUUGGUUCCUCUGUCACUUAUCCUUGUUUCCUAUGGGUUCAUUUUAGCUUCUGUGCUUAGCAUUCAGUCCUCAGAGGGGAAGAAGAAGGCCUUUAAUACAUGUGGUGCCCAUGUCUUGGUUGUAUCUCUCUUCUAUGGGCCAGUAAUUAGCAUGUAUGUACAGCCCUCCUCCACUAACUCCCAAGAUAAGGACAAAAUCAUGACCCUAUUCUACAGUUUGGUGACUCCCAUGCUUAAUCCUUUUAUCUACACUUUGAGAAACUCGGACAUGAAAGGAGCGAUGAAGAGGCUUCUCAUGGUACUACACCAGCAGAGAACAGAACAAAGGUAA